CCCCUACCCCGCCCUAUAACGAGCAUAACGACAUCUACCCCGCACCCUUCGGCAAUAUAAGUUCAUAGCCAACCACCUGCGAACGAACAACUCAACGAACAAAUAAUAUUUCAUCCCUCUCCUGGUCUCCCUUCAUCACCUCACCAAUGGCAGGCGGAGCGGUCCUCGAGGAGAAGCAUGAGGAAGCACAACGCGACGUGAACGGCCCUCGCGUCGAGGCCCCCAUCACCAUCCGCGCAUACCUCACUUGCCUCUUCGCCGCUUUCGGCGGCAUCCUUUUCGGUUACGACUCGGGUUACAUCAACGGUGUCCAGGCCAUGACCACUUGGAAGAAUCAAUUCGGUCAUCUCCUCUCUGAUGGAACCGUCAAUGUCACCUCAUCCGAAUCUUCCCUCAUCGUCUCCAUCCUUUCUGCCGGUACAUUCUUCGGUGCCAUUUCUGCAGGCUACUUUGCCGAUGCCAUGGGCCGUCGGUACACCAUCAUCAUGGCUUGUGGUGUCUUCACCCUCGGUGUCAUCAUCCAGAUGGCUGCAGCCAACGUUUCCACCCUCGCCGGUGGUCGUUUCGUUGCCGGUCUCGGCGUCGGCAUCAUCUCGGCUACCGUCAUCCUGUACAUGUCUGAGAUCGCCCCGAAGAAGAUCCGUGGUGCUCUCGUGUCCGGAUACCAAUUCGCUAUCACCGUCGGGCUUCUGCUUUCCACCGUCGUGACCUAUGCGACCGAGAACAGGACCAACUCUGGUGCCUACCGUAUCCCCAUCGCCAUCCAAUUCUUGUGGGCGAUUAUCCUCGCCACAGGAUUGUUGGUGCUCCCCGAGUCGCCCCGUUAUUGGGUCAGGAAAGGCCAUCUCGAUAAAGCAACGCAAUCCCUAGUCCGUGUCCGUGGCCAGCCUGCCGAGUCCGAGUACAUCCAAGCCGAGUUGGCCGAAAUCCAGGCCAACUACGAGUAUGAGUUGUCCAUCCAGCAAUCCGGAUGGAUCGAUGUCUUCCGUGGCGGUUUCCACCCUGCCGGCAAUUUCCGUCGUGUGAUGAUCGGUACUUUCCUCCAGAUGUUCCAGCAAUGGACAGGCAUCAACUUCAUCUUCUACUAUGGCAAUGUCUUCUUCCAGCAAUCCGGUAUCCAGAACUCCUUCACCAUCUCCAUGGCUACCACCGCGGUGAAUGUCGGCUCCACCCCGGCCUCCUGGUGGCUCAUUGAAAAGUUCGGCCGUCGUUCACUCCUCAUCUGGGGUGCAGCCGGCAUGUUCGUCUGUGAGUUCAUCAUUGCCGGUGUCGGUGUAGGCCUGCCCGGAUCGCAGGCGGCGACCAUCUGCCUGAUCGUCUUCAUCUGCAUCUACAUCUCAUUCUUCGCCGUCACCUGGGGUCCCGCAGCAUGGGUCGUCAUUGGCGAACUCUUCCCUCUCCCCAUCCGUGCCAAGGGUGUCGCUUUGUCCACCGCCUCCAACUGGUUCUGGAACUGCAUCAUCGCCGUGAUCACACCCUACCUCGUCGGUACCCAGCCCGGUGACGCCAACCUCGGCCCGCGCGUCUUCUUCAUCUGGGGCUCCCUCUGCUUCACUUGCUUCGCCUUCGCCUUCUUCCUUAUCCCCGAGACCAAGGGCCUCUCCCUCGAACAAGUCGACCGCAUGCUCGAGGAGACGACGCCUAUGACGUCCGCCAAGUGGCGGCCUCAUGAUACCUUCGCCGGGGACAGGAAGGAUGUGGAGCACCACGAGCACAAGGAGACUGUUGUGUAACCGGUGCCUGAGUGAGAAAAUAAAGUUACGAGUCGGGUUGGUUUUUGGAGUUGGAGUAGUAGUUAUAAUGUGUACUUUUGAUUAUUCACGUAUCACGUCUUCAUCCCUCCGUGCAUGGUCUGCCUACGUGCCUCCAGUAAUCAGUUAUUCGGGUCUAAAGAACCAAUGGACAUCUUUCUG